AUGCGUAUCUUCAAAAGACUUGCAGCGGCAUCAAGUGCGGCGUUCAUAAGUCAUACUUUGGCCAUUCCGUUUAUUGUCCACCCUGGUGGUGCGAAUGAUGUUGUCAUCAUAUCUCAAGAUACUCUCAACGAGACGAUAUCCAACCACGGGCCUUGUCAGGCUACAACUCCUCUGUCAGCUGGCGAUGCUGAGCAGCUCUCAGUCUCUGUGCAAAACAAUUUCCAGAGCGAUUCCGUCCAUGUCUUUAUCACUGGACUCGAUUUCGAUGGGAACAUUGUUUGUCUUACACCUAGUGGAAGUUGGUAUACUCCAACAGGAGAUAGCAGUUCCACGACUCCCCAAGAAAUUACGGAAGACAUUGCCAUUCCUAUUGGUGCUUAUGGAACAACUACUUCCCUUACCCUCCCGAGGUAUUUUUUAUCGGGCCGCAUCUGGGUCGCAGAUGGUGACCUGACAUUCUGGACUGUGAUAUCUGCCACUGGUGUUCUAUCUCUUGUUGAACCAUCUGCAGUCAACCCGGAUGAUAGUAGUGCAAACGUCAACUGGGGCUUCGUCGAGCUCACAACAGAUUCUAGCGGUAUUACGGUUAAUUUGAGCUAUGUCGACUUCGUUGGUCUCCCGCUUGGUAUCGAGGUUCAGGGUAGUGAUGGCACCCAAACAGCUCUCGGUGUGUCGGCAGAUGCUUUAUCAUCUAUCUGCAACGACUUGGCUACACAAGCAUCCUCAGAUGGUCAGCCCUGGAACGAACUCUGCAUGACUGACACUAGCGGCAAUGUCCUCCGCGUUAUCGCUCCUUACUACUACAUAAGCCUAGAGCCGGACGCUUUCGAUUCCUACUGGACGAGUUAUGUAUCUAAUGUCUGGUCUCAAUACGAGACCACGCCCCUGACAAUCGACACCCAGGCUGCAGCUGGCCUGAUAAACUGUACAGUGUCAAGCGGUACCUUGAACUGCGACGGCGACAAUCGAGGCUAUGCACAGCCAGACGCCAGCGAUAUCUUUGGUUGCAAUAGCGGUUCAUUUACAAUUGAAUCAAGUGACAAUGACGUCCAUAAAGCUGUUGUUCCGCGUCUCUGUGCCGCAUUUAACCGCAAGAGUGUGCACCAGCAUGAGGCUGACGGGAAGGGGUAUGCAUUCGCUUAUGAUGAUGUGACUCCUGACGGCGUGCUAAAUGCCUCUGGUCUCCUUUCUGACCCGAACCCCACUCUUCUCACUAUCACUGUUGGUGGACCAACGUCCUAA